ACCUUCCAAAGGAAGAAGUCGACGAAUAUGUUAAACUCGCCCCCGAAGAGCAACAAAAAAGACUGAAGUCGAUCAUAAAGAAAAUUGACUUGGACUCGGAUGGCCUUCUCACCGAAAGUGAACUCAGUUCAUGGAUUCAGAUGUCUUUUAAACAUUAUGCGAUGCAAGAAGCGAAACAACAGUUUGUUGAAUAUGAUAAAAACAGUGAUGGCCGUGUGUCGUGGGACGAAUACAACAUUCAGAUGUAUGACCGCGUGAUUGACUUUGACGAGAACACAGCUCUGGAUGACGCAGAAGAGGAGUCCUUCAGGCAGCUUCAUCUAAAGGACAAGAAGCGAUUUGAAAAAGCUAACCAGGACUCAGAUCCCGGUUUGAAUCUUGAAGAAUUCAUUGCUUUUGAGCAUCCUGAAGAAGUGGAUUAUAUGACGGAAUUUGUCAUUGAAGAGGCGUUAGAAGAACAUGACAAAAAUGGUGAUGGAUUUGUUAGUUUGGAAGAAUUUCUUGGUGACUACAGGCGGGACCCAGCAAAUGAAGAUCCAGAGUGGAUACUUGUUGAGAAAGAUAGAUUCCUAAAUGAUUAUGACAAAGAUGCGGAUGGCAGGCUUGAUCCUCAGGAGCUGUUAUCCUGGGUGGUACCCAACAACCAGGGCAUUGCCCAGGAGGAGGCUCUUCAUCUCAUCGACGAAAUGGAUUUGAAUAACGACAGGAAGCUCUCGGAGGCAGAGAUUCUGGAGAACCAGGACUUGUUUCUGACCAGCGAAGCCACAGAUUAUGGCCGACAGCUCCAUGACGAAUAUUUCUAUCAUGACGAGCUGUAAUCAUGAGUCCUGGCUCCUUUUAUAAUCUGUUACCAGUGUUACUUUUGUGAUAAAAUAUUGAAGAGGUUAUUUUCCACUCUGAAGUCUUACCACAAUCAGAUGUAUGUUGAUGUAGAUGAUAAUUCUGGCCUUUUAGGAGAAAAACAAAACCCCGACGUUUAUUUCAGAAAUAUAUUGGAGAAAACAAUAUUGUGCCGUCUGACAACAAAGUCUUUCCUAUAUGCUCCUCCUCUUCAGAACUGUGUUGUGGAAUAUGUUGAGUUCUAGUUCCAUACUUGAAAAAAUGGAACAUUUCAGGAUGCCUGAACAAUACUAAAGGAGUAUGUGGCCGAGCUAUACAUUUUUCUUUCUUUAAGUAGCAUUAAUUUGAGAACUGACGGGAGUACAUUGUUUUUAGAUUUAGCAUUUUGUUUAAAAACCUUUAAAGGAACCUGUAGAAGAAUUUUUACCUCACACAUAAGUUGAGGAGUUCUGCUUAAUUUUAAAAUGGUUCCUAUCAAGGGUUUUAUUGUAUGAAAUAGAACUUUAUAUUUUUGCAUACUUAUAGAUAGUAAUUAUAUUUAAUGUGUAACGAUAGCUCUAUGGUGUGUGGAACUUGAGAUUGUCUUGAACUCUUUUCUCUUUUGACUGAUUAAAAAUGAAGUGUCCUAUCUUUUUCAAUGUUUGUUAGUUUUCUUUAAUCUUCCUGGUAAUUCUUGAAUUUCACGUAGGUUUUGUUCUGUUAUACACUAUCCCACCUUAUCCAUUCCUGUAUUUUGAUAGUGAGUGUUCCAGAACUCUGUUAAAUUAUUCUUGUUCCAUACCUGUAUCUUUUUUUUUAAUAAAAGAAUACCAUAAUUAAAUGUA